AUGACUCCCCAACCGUUCAAACUACUCCAUCUACCAAUUGUGGCUCUUCGAAAUGUUCUAAAAUUAUUGAAUCCAAUUGAGUUAUUCGAGUUAUCCCAAUGCUCCCGAAGAGCCCUCUCCAUCAUACCACUAUCCGGCAGCAAACAUUUCAAGCUGCACAUGAACCAGUUUUCUAGCUCCAUUCAUGUCAAUGACUACGCUUUUCGUAUGUAUAAUAAUGACGUUCAAUCGGCAUAUAUUCUGCAUGGAAACCGUACUUUUAUGGAGUCAACAGUAAAGAUUCGCCACCAUUCAGAGCGUGAGAUCAUUAGUUUCUGGGAGGAUCGGCAUGUCAGAUUGAAGACUGUCUUCUUCCAUCUCUCAAACGUAUUCAAAUGCCCAAUUGAAUGCGCCAGGUUUUUGAAUACAAUUCCAGCAGUGGUCUACAUGUCGAUUAUCGAUUUUAUCAGUAGUCGUCAGUCUGAAAUCAAUGAACUCAAUGUCGGUGGCGAAAACCUUUCUGAUGAACAUGUGAUUGAGAUAUUUGAUAAAUUGAGAGUCGCUGACCAUCUAGAAAUGAGUCAUCAAUUUUCUAUAACCCCAUCAAUUCCAUUCAGCUCAAAAUCCAUUUCUAUCUGGAACUCCGCUUGGAUCACAACUGAACACUUGAAUUUGAUGAAGCACUGUAUAGUAAUUGAACUACAUCGGUCUACAUUAACUGAUCAUGAUAUGACAUUGUUUUUGAACGACUGGAAGUCUGGACAGUUUCCAAAUCUUCAAUAUUCAUCCAUCAAAAGCAGUUUUCUUAGCAAAAACUUUACUCCAUUCGGAUUACCGUCACUUCAAAAUACUGUCAAUCCACAAUAUUAUGCAAGAAUCAUCUUUGGUUCGCCAAGAGUUAUUUUUGGAGCUAUCGAUUUUCAGAGAAAUGAUGGAGUUGUAGCAAAAGUUCGUUUCGACGAUCAAGAUGGAGAUUUGCAAAUUCUGUUGUUCUAA